GAAACUCAAACAGUUGUGAUUCAAAUCCCGAGCAGUUCAUACCUGAUAAUAAAUUUUUAAUCACAAAAAAUGAGUACCGAGGAAUACAAUCCCAUACUGACGCGAAAAAAUCGCUUGGAACUGUUUACCUUAGAUGAGUGUAAAGAGAUUUUGGCUAAUUUAUUGGCCGAUAAGAAACAAAGUGGCGUCUUGACAAACUUUGAAAUAGUGCCGGCUUCUGAGCAUGUGGGGUUUUUGGGGGAAUACUUCCACCUGCAUCUCAGGUAUCAGUUGGAGGAUCAGCAAGAUGAGCAAAUCACACGAUUAUUUGUCAAGUCGGUGAUAUUUCAAAACGCCAACAUGGAGUUCUACAUGGAGAAAAUGGGUAUUAUUAAAAAGGAGAUAAAGCUGUAUGAACUGCUGAAUAAGUUGAAGAAGUUUUCCCCUCAUCUGUGGUGUGCCAAGUGCUAUUUUACCCGCGAUGACCUCUUUGUGAUGGAGAAUGUGGAGGAUUUGGGUUAUGUAGCCUUGCCCUCGGGAACUAGUUUCCUCAACAAAGAUCAGUUGCAACCAAUAUUGAAAUCUUUAGCCACUUUACAUGCCAGCAGCAUUGCUUUUGAAAAACAGGAAGGAAAAACCAUUGGAGUUGAACUUAGAGAGUGGUUGAAAGAGGUUUCUGUGGAUCCGGAUGUGGAGUGGUAUACCACGGGCUUGAAUGCUGUGUUAGCUAUAGCUGCUACUCAUCCUGAUGUCCGAAAUAAUCCCCAAGCUCUGGAGUAUGUAAAAAAGGAGCUACCACGUUGUCUGGAUAGGGUGUAUUAUAUGGUUAAUCCUUCCCCGGUCCAUAGAAAUGUGUUUGUGCAUCGCGAUGCCUGGGGCGCUAAUGUCUUCUAUCACAAGGACCAACCCCAGGAGAAAAGAUCCAUUCUAGUGGAUUUCCAAUUGUGCCGAUACUCUCCACCUGCCAUGGACUUUCAUCUGGUCAGUUAUCUCAACUUGGAGCCCUCAAAUCGGAAGAUAAUGUUGAGGGAUUUAAUUGAUAUUUAUUACGAAACCUUAUCGGAGGAACUGGAGCAGAUGGGAAUCGAUCCGAAAAAGGAGAACUUGAGCAAAGGAGAAUUCAUACAAUCCCUUGAGGACUUCUCACUAUUUGGCUUAACUUACAACUGCAUUGCAGCCACGAUUCUACGACUUCCAGAUAAUUUCCUGAAAAACUUAAAGGAUGAGAGUCCUGGCGAUUUUCAUCGCUUCUGCAAUGUGAAUCGGACAGAAGAUGUGCUUCGUUUGAUGAAAGAUUAUCCGGAAUUUGCUGAUUAUAUGUACGAGUGUGUGGGGGAUUUGCUGGAACUGACAUAUAAUAAACUAAACUGAUUAAAAAAAUGUUGGUAAAGCCUUACUAUCUCUCUGUUCGCCUGGUAACACGCUGGCUAGUUAUUCGACCCCUUUAGGGAUUAUCUUAUCGGACAUCGUAUAUAUUAGCUUUUUUGGGGAUUUGAAAAAGCUUAAAGUAUCAGACUUCUCGUUGUACUAGAAUUUAAAUAUUGCCACAAACAUUUUUUAUCAUCUUAUAAUCAUUAUUUACUGACAAGAAUAAAAGUUAUCUUCUAACCUGA